UCCACCGCCAAAUCUAGGGUUUUAAUUAGCUGCCGAGCCUCCAUUUGCCCCUCAGAGCAUUGAUCGACGAGCUGUUAAUUGACAAUGGGUCACUCAAACGUCUGGAACUCUCACCCCAAAACCUACGGCCCUGGAUCUCGCGCCUGCCGUGUGUGUGGAAACCCCCACGCCAUUAUUAGGAAGUAUGGGCUCAUGUGCUGCAGACAGUGCUUCCGCAGCAAUGCCAAGGAAAUCGGAUUCAUCAAGUACCGCUGAAGAAUUUGUCUGGUGUGAAGUAGGAAGGACUUUGUUGAAGUAUGAACUAUCGAUAGUAUGUUUUCUUGUUUGAAGGUACCUUAAGUUGACGUUUUGGGUUUUGAUUAAUUUAGUAUGAACCUUAAAGUGGUUGUUUAACGAAGAAUACUUGGUCGUUUCUCA